AUGCCAUCUCCAUGGAGGCAAUCUACAUGGUGGAGCGAGAGUCGAAGCUUUUACAAACUUCUACUCAACUUUGGGAGCAGUGAGGCCACAGAUCCCCGAGAUCUUGUUUACGCGCUACGAGGCAUGUCGUCUGAUUUGGCGAACAAAUGCGACGACCCUCUUUUCCCGGAUUACAAGAAAUCUCAGGAGAAGCUUGUCCACGAUGUCAUCAAGUAUAUUUACGAUUUUGAUAUGAGCGACUUUAAUGUGGCACCGCGCUUGUCCUCGAUCCGAGAGCUGGCCACGUACUUGCCAAAACUCGAGACGGACAUUUUCAGGCACCUGACAGAAAUGUCACGAUCCGACCAUAUGGAGAGGAUUCUCAGAACACCUGAGAUUCUGGUCAGUCAGGAUAUGAUCAAGGCUGCGGCACAGUAUGACAAAGACGCCGCAAACUUGAACGCUGCCAAAGAAGUAUUUGAAGCAUUCUGGUCUCACCAGAAUCAAAUCGCCAUCACCGAAAACGUUAUCCUCGCCACCUUGAAGAACUCAGAAUCUGGCCAUUCAGCGAUGUGUUUUCUUUUAUCCCUGAAGACUCAAGAUUAUAGAGUCGCUCCAAUUUUAGAAGCGAUACCCAGGAUUGCAUCUAAGGAUUCAAGAAGAAAGAUUAUCAGGAUGCUGGGGCAGAAAAACUACAGCAACGAUACUAUACCAGAAGUUCUCACUGCUGCUGCUGAGAUCCAAGAUUCCGAUUUACAAGCAGAGUUUAUAAAAACACUGCUGCAGCAGACAGAUUUCAGAAACGAUACUACACAACGAGUUCUUACUGCUGCUGCUAAGAUCCAAGAUUUUGAUUUACAAACAGAGAUCAUAAAAACAUUCCUGCAGCAGACAGAUUUCAGCAACGAUACUAUACAACAAGUUCUUACUGCUGCUUUUAAGGUCCAAGAUUUCGAUUUACAAACAGAGAUCAUAAAAACAUUCCUGCAGCGGACAGACUUCAGAAACGAUACUGUAUUAGACGUUCUCGCUAAAGACUGCUGGGACGAUACUAUACCGGAUAUUCUCGAUACUGUUGCUGAGACCCAAAAUUACGAUUUACGAACAUAUUUUAUUAAAAGACUACUUCAGAAGAAAGGCAGCAGUAAUAAUAUUACAUCAGAAAUUAUUACUGCUGCUGCUCAAAUCCGAGAUGAAAAUUUACUGCCAGAGAUUGUCAGGAUUCUGGUAGAGCAGAAAGGUACCAGCAACGAUACUAUAUUCGAACUUUUCGCUGCUGGUUCUACUGCUGAACUUAGUAAAUUCGAGCUUUUUGUUAUUGAAAAAGAGUUCUUCAAGGCUAAAGAAAUUGAAGAAGAGAUCCUCCAAGAGAAAAGAAGGCAGAUCCGUAAGGUGCAUGCCAAGUUGUAUUAA